GUCUUUGUAAUCCAGUUGUGGGGAUGGCCUUUGGCGUAAUCUUCCACUUCUCAGGGUAAACACACACCUCCCACCCAGUUGUGGGGAUGAGGAGUCUGAGGAGUGGAGACGGAGAUUGGCUAGGUAUUUGUUCUGCGCUAAGGCUGACGGUACCAUCACAUACUAUACAUGGCAUUGAAGGACAACCACUCCAUCUUACAGUUGACUACAAUUUCAACACUACAGCUUCUGAAAUUCAGAUAAUAUGGCUAUUUGAGAAACCUCAGAGUAUCCCCAAAUAUUUACUCGGCUCUGUGAAUCAGUCAGUAGUACCCGACCUGGAAUAUAAGCACAAGUUUACCCUCAUACCACCUAAUGCAUCUUUGAUGAUCAAUCCAUUACAUGUUACUGAUGAAGGCAAUUACAUUGUAAAAGUCAAUGUCCAUGGAAAUGGGACAAUAUCAGCCAAUCAAAAGAUUCAAGUCACUGUUGAUGUUCCUGUCACAAAGCCAGCUGUACAAAUUGAACCUUCUUCGGGAGUAGUGGAGUAUGUGGGGAACAUGACAUUAACCUGUACUGUUGGAAAAGGUACAAGGAUAGGUUACCAGUGGAUGAAAAAUGGGAAACCUAUGCACGCCAGUUCUAGUUACACCUUUUCCUCAAACAAUGACACACUUUUAAUUGUCCCCGUCAUGAAAGAAGACAUGGGGAAUUACAGCUGUUUGGCAACCAAUCCUGUGAGUGCCAUGGAAAGUGAGAUAAUUGCACCAACUAUAUUUUAUGGACCUUAUGGACUUACAGUUAAUUCAGAUAAAGGGCUGAAAGUAGGGGAGGUGUUUACUGUUGACAUAGGAGAAGCUAUCCUAUUUGAUUGCUCAGCAGACUCAAAUCCACCAAAUACUUACUCCUGGAUCCGAAGGGCUGACAAUACUACACACGUUAUCAAAUAUGGACCCCAUCUGGAAGUUCUAUCUGAAAAAGUGGCCCAGACAACAGUAGAUUAUAUGUGCUGUGCGUACAACAAUGUGACUGGAAAACGGGACGAAACUCAUUUCACAGUGAUCAUUACUUCUGUAGGACUGGAGAGGCUUGCCCAGAAAGGAAAAUCUUUGUCAUCUCUAGCAGUAAUAACAGGAAUUUCAUUAUUUUUUAUCCUAUCUAUGUCCCUUCUAUUCUUAUGGAAAAGAUAUCGGCCACAUAAAGUUAUACAACGGAAGCUGCAGAGCAGGCCUGGGGCAGAUUACAGAAAGGCACAAACAUUCUCAGGGCAUGAAAAUGCUAUGGAUGACUUUGGAAUAUAUGAAUUUGUUGCUUUUCCUGACCCCACUGGUGUUCCUACGGUUCCAAAUCAACCUGUUUCUGGCUCUAACUUUGUCCAAGGGCAGGAUUUACACAGUACAAUUUAUGAAGUUAUUCAGCAUAUUCCAGAACAACAGGAAGACCAUCAAGAAAGUACAUGAAGAUGCAAGCACAGCAAUCAAGACAUCCUAAUGCAAAUGUUAACUUCUGUGUCUUUACUGGAAAUGGAAAGCAAAUGUCUGCAGCUCUCAAAAUGGCAAAAGGACUAAGCUAGCACUUCUGAAAUGAUAAUACUUUCUUAAUCUAGCCAUUCUUUUUUC